AAAAGCAAUACGACACCAUCUUCUUUAUCCAAUAGAAACACGAAAAGGGGUCCUCUUUGGUAGUCUUAUUUCUUUCGGGUCCGACUCAGAACUCGGCGUUGUGCAUCGGAAUCCUGAUUCGAAGAAGCGAAGAUGUCUUCACUUGCAGCUGCUAGAGCAGACAAUUUUUACUAUCCUCCAGAAUGGACCCCAAGUCAGGGUUCUUUGAACAAGUUCAAUGGUCAACAUGCUCUGAGAGAGAGGGCAAGAAAACUAGACCAAGGCAUACUGAUUAUAAGGUUUGAGAUGCCCUAUAAUAUAUGGUGUGGUGGAUGCAAUUCUAUGAUUGCAAAGGGUGUUAGGUUCAAUGCGGAGAAAAAGCAAGUGGGAAAUUAUUAUUCUACAAAGAUAUGGAGCUUUACAAUGAAGUCCGCGUGCUGUAAACAUGAGAUUGUUAUUCAGACAGAUCCAAAAAAUUGUGCGUAUGUGAUCAUCAGUGGGGCCCAACAAAAGACUGAGGAGUAUGACAUUGAAGAUGCAGAGACCUUUGCACUCCCUGCGGAUGAAGAAAGAGGUAAACUAGCAGAUCCAUUUUAUCGUCUUGAACACCAGGAAGAGGAUUUGCAGAAGAAGAAAGAAGCUGAGCCAGUGAUAGUUCGCCUCCAGCGAGUAUCUGAUGCCAGGCAUUCAGAUGACUAUGCCCUCAACAAGGCUCUUCGGGCACAACUUAGAAAUCAAAAGAAAAGAGUCGCUGAAGAGGAGGCUGUUUCAAGGAAAAGGGGCCUCAACAUACGACUGCUUCCACCAGCUGAAGAAGAUGUUGCCAGUGCAGCCCAUGUGAAGUUUUCUGCCAAGUUCGACAGAAAUAGGAAGGAUAAGCGAGCAUUGAUCAAUGCCGCUUCUAUCUUCUCUGGGUCGUCUGGGUCUUCCACAUCCGCUAAGAGACAAUUGGGGCUAGAAUCUAAGAGAAGGAGAAUUAGUGCAGCCGCUGCAUCCAACAUACUGGCAGGGGGGUUCAAGCCAUCAUCGUGGUCACAGAGUGCCGUUACUUCACGGAGGCACAGAGGAAGUUAAGUUUCCUAGAAUGAUAUAAUCGCAGUUUUUCUAGAGCAUCUGGUGUUGAUUUGGCUUUCAACAUCGCCUGUUCAUAGUGGCAAUGGAGUAUGUACAUAGAUUUGAGCGUUAUUGUUGUCUAUUGGGUGUUUGUAUGUGUCAAGCUUCUGCACUUCAGACGUUAUCGCCACUUGAAUACUCUACUUCCCUUUUCUCUACA